AUGUCCACCAAGACUAUUGCGGUUCUCGACGAAGACCAGUUGCACGAUGGUCAGAUGCAAGAGGUUGCAUUCGGGGAAGGAAGGAUUCUUUUGUCUCGCUUAGGCGACAAGAUCCAUGCGACAAGCGCUUUCUGUACGCACUACGGGGCGCCACUAGCCAAGGGUGUCCUGGCCUCUGAUGGCCGAGUUGUAUGUCCCUGGCAUGGAGCGUGCUUCAACGUAUGCACUGGUGAUAUCGAGGAUGCUCCUGCUCCCAUGGCCCUCCACUCUUUCAAGACGCGCGUUAUCGAUGGUAAAAUCCAUGUCACAGCCAAUCCCGCCAAUACUCUAAAGAACAAUUUGGCGCGCCAACCGACACUGCUUGCCACUAGUUUCGACAGCCCGGGAAAGGGGACCGUAAUUGUUGGCGGUGGAUCCGGUGCCUUCCACGCGGUCGAAAGCCUGAGAGAGCAUGGAUAUGCAGAACCAAUUACCAUUCUUACAAAAGAAACGCACACACCCAUAGAUAGAACCAAGCUCAGCAAAGCCCUAAUCACUGAUCCCACAAAAAUCGAGUGGAGAACGGCGGCCGAUCUCAAGAUUAAAUAUGGGACAAACAUUCGUUUCGGGGUCGAAGUUACCGGCGUCGAUUUUGAGAAAAAGGCGGUGAUCCUAGACGACGGGAAGGAUACCAUACUCUUCGAUAAGUUGGUUUUGGCUACUGGCGGAACUCCUCGACGACUUCCCAUUGAAGGGGCCGAGCUGGAGAAUGUCUAUACCUUCAGAGGAAUUUCAGAUUCGAAAAAAGUGGAUGCUGCUGCCAAGGAAGGAAAGCGAUUGGUGGUCAUCGGGAGCUCUUUUAUUAGUAUGGAGCUAGUUGUUGCCGUGGCAAAGAAGAAACUCGCGUCUAUCGACGUCAUUGGAAGGGGAGAGUUCCCCUACGAAACUAUUCUUGGCAAGGAAAUUGGGGCGGGUUUAAAACAGUAUCAUGAAUCCCAAGGAGUUAAAUUCCACAUGUCAGCUAAUGUGGAAAAAAUCAUCCCACGUGAGGAUAAUCCCAAGCUUGCCGGGGCUGUUGUGGUCAAUGGGGAGUCCAUUCCUGCGGACUUCGUUAUUAUGGGUGUUGGGGUUUCUCCGGCGACGGCGUUCUUAAAAGACAGUGGUCUCGAAUUGGAGCGAGAUGGUGGAAUCCAAGUGGACAAGUAUCUGAGGGUGACCAAAGGGCCAAACACGAACGAUGUUUAUGCGAUCGGUGAUAUUGCUCAUUAUCCUCAGGUCAACGGCACUCAUACGAGAAUCGAGCACUGGAAUGUCGCUGGAAAUCAAGGCCGCGCUGUUGGAAAGACGAUCGCUGGAAACCCGCAGCCAUUUGUGAAGAUUCCGAUAUUUUGGAGUGCUCAGGGUCAACAGCUGCGCUACUGCGGCAUAGGUCACCAAUAUGAAGACAUCAUCAUCAAAGGCGACCCCAAGGAGAUGAAGUUCGUGGCGUAUUACAUCAAAAAUGGGAGUGUAAUCGCCGUUGCAAGCAUGCAGAAUGACCCGGUUAUCAGCAAGGCCUCGGAGCUCCUCAGGCUAGGCCUCAUGCCCUCCCCAAAGGAGAUCAGAGCUGGGAAGGAUCUCCUCUCCAUCAAUAUUAGCACAGCCAGCACACUCAAGAAGGUCGAAUUGUGA